AUGAAUUUUGAAUUUGAGAGGGAGAUCGGUUUUAUAAACAGCCAGCCGUCCCUAGCAGAGUGUCUGACGUCCUUCCCCGCCGUCCUGGAGUCAUUUCAAACUUCAUCAAUCAAGGAGUCGACAGUAAUUCCGCCUCCCUUCGAGCACACCAUCCCCAGCCUCAGCCCCUGCACAGCCAGCCAGCCGAGACCGGCUGUUAGGAGCCAGCAGAACCGGAGGACCUCCGCCACUAAUGGCCUCCAGACGCACCACCGAGCCGCCCAGCAGCCCUGCCCGGCUGGCCAGGCCCCUGCCCCGGCCAAGGCCACCUCGGCAGGUCCGCUGGCACACGAGUUCCCCUGGAUGAAGGAGAAGAAGUCAUCCAAGAAGUGCCCCAAACCUGGGAGCAGCUCCAGCGGUGGAGGACCCAUCAUCCCCCCCGCCUCGUCUUCCCCGUCGCCGACCGCCUCCGGGUACGCUUCGGCGGGCAUCGAGUCACCCACAGCUGCAGAUCCGAGCCAGGCGGGUCUGGAUAGUGGAGGAGCCGGGUCCCGCCGGCUGCGAACCGCCUACACCAACACGCAGCUGCUGGAGCUGGAGAAGGAGUUUCACUUCAACAAGUACCUAUGCCGACCCAGGAGGGUGGAGAUCGCCGCUCUUUUGGAUCUGACCGAGCGGCAGGUUAAAGUUUGGUUCCAGAACCGCCGGAUGAAACAUAAGCGCCAGACGCACCACCGGGACGGAGGCGGAGGCCACGAAUCCAGCGACCCGGGCGGGUUUGAACCGCUGGAAGGCGCCGACGCCUCUUCUCCGUACUCAAGCCAGCCGCUGGAAGCAUCAGGCACUGGGGAAGUUACAUCGGAGGGAGAGCCGGGGAGCAGCAAUCCAUCUUCGGCCUCGGCUUCCACCUCCCACACUAAUGACAGCGGGGACAAUGCACAGCCCACGCCGGAGGAGGGCGGCCGUUUGAGCUGUCCUGAACGCCCACAGCUGCCAAGGGCAUCUGGCUGCUCUGACUCUGCUUCGACCCACCACUCUCCGCCGGCGUUCACCGCCACAAACUCCGCUGACAACCCGGGCCUGAUGCAUCUGAGCGAGGCCGGGCCCGCAGCACCGUCCGACCCGGCGUACUCUGAGCAGCGGGAUUCCUCCAUCACCUCCUCCUCAUGUGUUCCUCCUGCUGCCGCCUCCUCAUCCUCAUCUUCGCUUCCAGACCUGGCCUUCUUUGCCGGGGACGCCUGCCUGUCACCCAGCCUGCAGAGCAGCUUGGAUAGCCCGGUGGAUUUCUCCGAGGAGGACUUCGACCUGUUCACAAGCACACUGUGCACCAUAGACCUGCAGCACCUCAACUUCUGAGGUUCAAGCUCAAACGUUCAGAGACAAACGAAAAAGAAUUGCUAAAUGAAAAGCCGCAUGAAGGAGGGAUGGACGGGGCUGUGUGGAGGAACAAUCGGAGCGGAGGAGACGCACUCAGCGAGGACUCUGUUUUAAAAGCAGAAAAGCUUCUCGGCAACAUUCCUGAAACAUUUCUGAAUGAAAAAAUGAUGUUCAUUUUUAAAUAUAUUUUUUCGUCUUCUUGCUGGUUUUUUAUUUUGCGACUAUAAGGUAGUUUAAGGUGAUUUUAAAAAUGAAGUUUUUAUUUUUAAAUUCCAACGAAGGGAAUUUUUUGUUUUUGUUUUUUUCAACGAUCAAAACAUAGCGGAUUUUUUUCUCUUCCCUUGUCCAAAUUUCAGGUAUUUAUUACCUUUCUUGUUUUGGUUUUUUUUUUUUUUUUUUUUUAAAUUCAUUCUUAAAAUGAUUAAUCUUUAUCAGUAUGUGUGGAUUUGUUUCCUAUAUCGUCCAUUCUGGUGCAGCUUCAUGGAUCCUUAAUAACUUCUCAGGAACUGUUCACGGAGUCUAUAGGUGCAGAUCGCUGGAGCGCUUUUAGAGAAAAUCUGAAGAAUGAAAUUCAUUCUCUCUCUUUGAACGAGGCGAGACGAGACGGAAGCCCUGCU